UAUCAAUAAAUAUCGCAAUAUACAUGCAAAUGACAGUUCAGCUCAGUUUCCAGAAGGUUACAGGAGGCAAUGAAAAAUCAUGAUAUAAUCUGGUGGCGCGAAAGGCUGCGUGCCUUUCGAGAGAAGCGGGCGUCCACUAACGUUCCUUGACACCGCGUGGUCGCCUUCCAUCUCCGCCCUUUCUAUUUACCGCUAUUUCUCUGUUUCGCUCCUCGCCGUCUCAAAAGCCAGAUCGCCGAUUGGGGUUUUGAGCUCUGUGGUUGUUUCAUCGAUCAAUAUCCUGUUCCUGCUUGUCUCGUACCAGAGCUCUUCAAGACUCCAAAAAUGGCGGAUGGUGAAGAAAUUCAUCCUCUUGUUUGUGACAAUGGUACCGGAAUGGUCAAGGCUGGAUUUGCCGGAGAUGAUGCUCCAAGGGCCGUCUUCCCCAGCAUUGUUGGUCGCCCUCGCCACACCGGGGUGAUGGUCGGCAUGGGUCAAAAAGAUGCAUAUGUUGGAGAUGAAGCACAAUCCAAGCGUGGUAUUUUAACUUUGAAAUACCCAAUUGAGCAUGGCAUUGUGAGCAAUUGGGAUGACAUGGAGAAGAUCUGGCAUCAUACUUUCUACAAUGAGCUUCGUGUGGCCCCGGAAGAACACCCAGUUCUUCUGACUGAGGCACCACUUAAUCCUAAGGCUAAUCGUGAAAAGAUGACCCAAAUCAUGUUUGAAACCUUCAAUACUCCAGCUAUGUAUGUGGCAAUUCAGGCUGUUCUCUCUCUGUAUGCCAGUGGUCGCACAACUGGUAUUGUUCUAGACUCCGGUGAUGGUGUCAGUCAUACAGUCCCAAUCUAUGAGGGCUAUGCUCUUCCUCAUGCCAUACUUCGUCUAGAUUUAGCUGGUCGUGACCUGACCGAUGCUCUCAUGAAGAUCCUUACAGAGCGUGGCUAUUCCUUCACUACUACAGCUGAGCGUGAAAUUGUGAGGGACGUGAAGGAGAAGCUUGCAUAUAUUGCUCUUGAUUAUGAGCAAGAGUUAGAGGUUGCCAAGUCCAGCUCAUCUGUGGACAAGCCCUAUGAGCUUCCUGAUGGGCAGGUGAUCACUAUUGGUGCUGAGAGAUUCCGUUGCCCAGAGGUUCUCUUCCAGCCAUCAAUGAUUGGUAUGGAAGCAGCGGGAAUCCAUGAGACUACUUACAACUCUAUUAUGAAGUGUGAUGUUGACAUAAGGAAAGAUCUUUAUGGGAACAUAGUUUUGAGUGGUGGUUCUACGAUGUUUCCUGGUAUUGCCGAGAGGAUGAACAAGGAGAUCACGGCGUUGGCACCGAGUAGCAUGAAGAUUAAAGUGGUGGCUCCACCGGAGAGGAAGUAUAGUGUGUGGAUUGGAGGUUCUAUCUUAGCAUCACUUAGCACUUUCCAACAGAUGUGGAUUGCGAAGGCAGAGUAUGAUGAAUCAGGACCAUCCAUCGUGCAUCGAAAAUGUUUCUAGACAAUUAAAAGGUGGAAAAUGAAACAGAGCGCUUACCCAUGAAGAAACUGGGUGAUAGCUACCCUUCUAUUUUGACUGUUUUUUAUUGCUUGCGCCAUGAACAAGAUUGAUGGUGAUGUUCUUCUUCCAGUGAUCAUUUUCAUCUCAGUGUGUUUCCAUCAUUAUUUUCUUUCUUUUUUUCUUUGAAAAUUAACAAUUGUGCUGCUUUUUACAUACACUUCUUGGAUGUAAGUAUGGUUUUCAGUUUUAUUUUUCUUGAUUGAUGUUAAACCCUUAAUAAUUCACUUGUUUUAGUGAAGUUUUUUCUAUUU